GCCUGGUAACAGCGAAAGCGUCGCUCCUAGAGAAGCUGCAGACGAGGAGCCGCUGUAGACUUAACGUUACAGCCGAAACGUAUCACGAUGCGCGAUAAAUAUUUCGUUCACGUACUUCCAGACAGCUCGGACAUCGCACACACCCAUGCGAGUCGUUCACAAUAACACCGACACGCUGACGCUAAGCGUCUUAAGGUUCGGGACGAUCCCAAAAGAGUCUGAAGAUGAAGUCUUGCGCUGUGGAGAGAUGAGUAAGACAUCCUGAAAUCGGGUUAUUGGACACCAAUUUAUAAGCAUGGGGAAACUGCAGAGCAAGUUCCGGAGGCGCUCGGACAUUUACAAGGCCAAAGAGGGGGCGGAGCCUGCACCUGUGCACCAGGUAGUGCAGUAUGAACCUGCUCACACAGAUGCCAUCAACUGUGUCGUCAGCUUGACCUCUGACCUGUGCGUGUCAGGAGGGCAUGACCAGGCUGUUGUUGUCUAUGAAUGGAGAGCUGGAAAACGGUGUAAAUCUUUCCGGGGCCACAGCAGAGAGAUUACAAAGUUAUGCUGUUUUAAAGAAAGUUCCUUGGUCUUCAGUGCAUCCCGUGAUAAGUCGGUGCUGAUGUGGGAUCUGGGUCGAGAUACAGAACCCGUCCAGGAGUUUUGUGGCCAUGAGCUUGUAGUUAACGGGGUAGCGGUAAGCCCAGAUGGCUCAAAGCUAUGCACGGGCUCUCGUGAUAACUCCAUGCGCCUCUGGGACAUUGAGUCGGGAGAAUGUCUGCAAAAACACACCAUCUCACGAAACCUGGUGACUCAUGUGUGCUGGGUACCAGGAAGCACAUCUAUUGUCCAAACCUCAGAAGACAAGACGAUAAGGGUGUGGGAUAGCCGUUCCUGGCAGGUCACUAACACUUUUCCGGCAAAGCAGCACAUCCAGACCCACUGUGACAUCAGUUCCAACUGUUACCACCUGCUUUCGUCCAGCAAUGGUUUCGGUGGUCAGGGUAGUGAGGCCACGCUGUGGGACCUCAGACAGCCCGGCUGUAAAGUGGCCGAAUACAGAGGACACCUGCAGACCACAGCAUGCUGCGUGUUUGUGCCUCCCCGUCCCGGAUAUCCUGCUCUCGUGGCGUCGUCGUCAUAUGACAGCUCAGUAAAAAUAUGGGAUCAGAACACUGCAGCGUGUUUGUACACGUUAACGCUGGACGGCUCAGGGCCCUUGGUGUCUCUGGCUCCGUGUGACUCCAGCAGUCUCCUGUGUGCCAGUUUUAACUCAGGACUGCACCAGCUGCAUCUAGAUCAGGGAGCAGUGCCCAGCCUCACUGAAGUGGCUCGCUUCUGACGUCUAUCUGGACCACCUGGAAAAUCAAACUGAACAAACACACAUAUUUAAUAACUGGAACUCCUGGAAAUGAGAAUGCAUACUACAGUAUGUAGACACUCUAUUCUUGUUAAAGGAAUAGGUCAAAAAUUAACAUUUGCUGAAAAUGUACUCAUCUUCAACAUCCAAGAUAUAGAUGAGUUUGUUUUUUCAUCUGAACCGAUUUGGAGAAAUGAAGCAGUGCAUCACGAUCCUCUGCAGUGAAUGGGUGCCGUCAGAAUGACAGUCCAAACAGCUGAUAAAAACAUCCUAAUAAUCCACAAGAAAUCGGCGUGUUUAUAAUAAAUCCUUUUAAGAUAUUUUUAACUUCAAACCUUCAAAUUGCAUUAAGCCAAAAUAUGAGUCCUCUUUCCAUAACAUCGCUUUCUUUAGUGGAAAAAGUAGUCUCAUCUGAAUCCAAUGAAGAUCAAGUAUUGUUUUCAAGCAUUAGAAUUUCUAAAUAAUAAAUAAAUAAAUGAAUGUUAAUUUAAUGGGACAAUAUUGUUUCCCUUAUUUAUUUCUGAAGAUUUUUUUUUUUUACUACUACUACUUAAUUAAAUGUGGACUUUUUUUAUAUAUACAUUCCUAAACAUAUAUUUUCAGCUGGAUACUUUCUCUUACAACUAAGUAAAAUCUAGAGGGGGAGAAAACCUAUCCGUGCUGUAUUUUUUACACACAAAAAAAAAUACCUUUUAUUUGCACUUUUCAUUAAGCAAUUGCUAAUGGGUCAAAAUGAUGCACUGCCAAAAUCAUUCAUGCAGAAAGUACAUCAACGGAUAUGAAAUCUCAGUCUCUCACUCUUCACUCUUCUACAUCACACAGGCUCAGGGUUUGGCAACAUGUGAAGCUGAAUCAUUUUUCACAAAGAAGCUGCUAGAGUUUACAGACACACACUCAUAAACACAUUCAAACAUUUAUGGAAACAGUCUGGUCUUGUAUUUCACACUCGGAGAGGGAGAGGAUGCUUAUGAGAUGAUCUGGCCCUUUAGAGAAUUCCAGACAAAAACAGCAGAUCUCAAUAUUUUCCCAGAAACAUGAUCAGACAACACAGAAUGUGAAGUCAAUGAAAAUCAGUGAUGCAAUGUGUUUUGUGGUCGUUGCUUUUAAAUAUAUAUAUAUAUAUAUAUAUAUAUAUAUAUAUAUAUAUUCUUUAAUAUUAGGACCAUAGUUCUAGAAUAUUGUGGCGUUCUCUGAAAAUACUGUCCUGCCAACAUGGCAAUGUUGAUUUCACGUGUAAUGACAGGAUUGGGAUGUUUUAAAAAUAUUUUUUCACAAAUAUACAAACCAAAGAGUUUUUGUUUUGUUUUAUGAAUUUUAUUUCUGCAUAACAUACAAUGACCUCAGAAAAGUAUUUUUUUCACUUGAAUCACACGGCCUGAAUGUCAUUGCAUUGGAAAACAAAAUAUCAAGCAAAUGCUGCCAGAGGCAUUUUAUUGUAUUUUUAUAAUAUAUAUUAUGUAUUUUAUUUGUUUAUGUAUUGUAAUAUUGUCCUAUGUUGAGAGGGGCAGGGGUUUAUUUUAAUUAUAUUUGUAUUUAAUUUUAUUAUUUUUGCUCCAAUUUUUUGUUGUUGUUUUUUGGAUUUCUGAAGUCAGUUCUCCUCAAAAAAAUACACAAAUCUAGUUCAUCACUUUACAUAUCACAUGAUAUUUAGCAUUUGUCAUCAGCUUAAUGCUAUGUACUAUACUGUGUACUGCAGUGACUAGUUGUGUAUUUUAUAUUGUUCAAAUACUUUUUGCAGCCACUAUAUAACAUUAGCAGAAUAUUGAUGAACAAAUACAGCAAGCGCAUUCAUGUAUCAUGACUCAGAAGGACGUAGAAGGUUACGCUGAUGAGUUUAUUUGACUUUUAUGUAAAUGCUGAGGUGUGGAGUUAUCAAUUGGAAGGAAAUGUUUAUGUAUUUGCACAUUACGUGAAUAAAUUAUUUCAGUCCAAUGAAAACAA